AUGAACUGGGCGUUUCUGCAGGGCCUCCUGAGCGGCGUGAACAAGUACUCCACGGCAGUGAGCCGCAUCUGGCUGUCCGUGGUCUUCAUCUUCCGUGUGUUGGUGUUCGUGGUGGCGGCUGAGGACGUGUGGGACGACGAGCAGAAGGACUUUGUUUGCAACACCAAGCAGCCCGGCUGCCCCAACGUCUGCUAUGAUGAGUUCUUCCCUGUGUCUCACGUGCGCCUCUGGGCCCUGCAGCUCAUCCUGGUCACAUGCCCCUCGCUGCUUGUGGUCAUGCAUGUGGCCUACCGUGAGGACCGUGAACGGAAGCACCGCCUGAAACACGGGCCCAACGCCCGGUCCCUAUACGACAACCCAACCAAGAAGCGGGGUGGACUCUGGUGGACCUACCUGCUGAGUCUCAUCUUCAAGGCCGCCGUGGACUCCACCUUCCUGUACAUCUUCCACCGCCUCUACCGGGAUUACGACAUGCCCCGAGUGGUGGCCUGUUCCGUGGCUCCUUGCCCUCACACCGUGGACUGUUACAUCUCCCGACCCACAGAGAAGAAGGUCUUCACCUACUUCAUGGUGACCACAGCUGCCAUCUGCAUCCUGCUCAACCUCUGUGAAGUCUUCUACCUGGUGGGCAAGAGGUGCAUGGAGCUCCUCGGCCCCAGACAUCGGCGGUCUCGGCGCAGGGGUUGUCUACCUGACACAUGCCCACCAUACGUCCUCUCCCAGGGAGGGCACCCCGAGGACGGGAACUCUGUCCUAAUGAAGGCCGGGUCAGCCCCCAUGGAUGCAGGUGGGUAUCCAUAA